AUGCCUCGUAAGUUGAAACACCAUGAGCAGCGGCUGCUGAAGAAAGUGGACUUCUUGCAGUGGAAGCAGGAUCAGCAGCACCGGGACGGGGAGGUGAUGAGGCGGUACCACGUCGAGGACAGAGAGGAUUACCAUCGAUACAACCGUCUCUGCGGGGACGUGAGGCGUCUCGCGCACCGUCUGUCGCUGCUGCCACCGGGGGACCCCUUCCGUCGGGACAGGGAGUCCCGUUUGUUGGAGAAGUUGCACAGGAUGGGCGUGUUGCCCGCGGCGGGCAAAGUGUCUGACUUGGAGAGGAAAGUCACGGUCAGUGCGUUCUGUAGGAGACGGCUCCCCGUGGUGAUGCACAGGCUCAGGAUGGCCCCGACGGUCGGGGACGCAGUGAAGUUUGUAGAGCAGGGGCAUGUCCGUGUCGGACCACAUUUGAUCACAGACCCGGCGUACCUCGUCACAAGGAACAUGGAGGACUACGUCACUUGGACGGAUGGGUCCAAGAUUAAACGCACUGCGCUCAAGUACCGUAACGCCAUCGACGACUUCGAUCUGGAGUAG